GCACGGGGAGAGAUCAUUGGAAGCGACCUGCUCACAAGGGAGACGACCGACAAAACCCAAGAAACUCAUCCCCUGAAAAGUCCAUUUCGGAUUUAGUCAUCACUCCUCCAUCAUGUUCCUCCUGCUCUCCAUGUGCCUCUUGGGGCUCCUGGCCCCACGGGGUGACGCCCAGGACCGAGCCACCCUCUGGAGGGGCAACGACCGAAGCGGCCGAUGCCAGUACACCUUCGCCGUGGCCAGCCCCGCCGAGGCCAGCUGCCCCCAGGCCGGAGGCCCCGAGGUGGAGGGCGUCAAGGCCAGGCUCUCCCUGCUGGAGGCGCUGGUGUCCAGGCUGACCGGCGGAGGAAGGGAGGCCCGGCCCUCCGCGGCGGACUCGGGGGCCGAGCUCCGGGAGGCGCUGAACCAGGCGGUGGACGAGAGGAACCUGCUGCAGGGGGAGAAGGAGCGCCUGGAGAGGGAGCUGGGGGCGCUUCAGAGACGCCUGGAGGAGAUGCUGAGGGAGACGGAGAGGCUGAGGAGCAGACCGUGCCCCCCGCAGACCCCGGCCGUGCCGGACGGCGGUCUGAUGAGACCUGCUGCAGGAUCGAGCCCCGUGUCCCACCUGAUGGCGCGACCCAACGGGCAGGGCGACAGGAGCAGUUUAAGAGACUCGGCGUGGCAGCAGGGCUUCCAGGAACUCAAAGCCGAGGUGACCGAAGUUCCGGCUCCUGAAGAAUACACAGGUUGCGGCGCGCUGGUGUCCGUGUCCGAGCCCGUCGCGCACAGGAAGGCCGACGGCAUCGCGGGCAAGUACGGCGUCUGGAUGCAGGACCCCGAGGCCGUGGCCCCCUACGGGCCCGACAUGGUGUGGCGCAUCGACACCGUCGGCUCUGACAUCAGGCAGAUGUUUGGAUACGAAGACAUGGAGCAGCUCUCCAAGGGCUUCCCCAGCAAGGUGGUGCUGCUACCGGAGCCCGUGGAGGGCACGGGCGCCGUCCUGUACCGAGGCUCCCUGUACUACCAGCGGCGCCGCAGCCGCACCCUGAUCCGCUUCGACCUGGCGUCGGAGAGAGUGGCGGCGCGGCGCGACCUGCCGCACGCCGGCUUCCAUGGCCAGUUCCCGUAUUCGUGGGGCGGCUACACCGACAUCGACCUGGCGGUGGACGAGCGCGGCCUGUGGGCCGUCUACUCCACCAGCAAGGCCAAGGGCGCCGUGGUGCUGUCCCGGCUGGACCCGCACGACCUGCGGGUGACCAAGAGCUGGGAGACCAACAUCCGCAAGAACGCCGUGGCCAACGCCUUUGUCAUCUGCGGCCGCCUCUACACCGUUGCCAGCUACGCAGCGGCCAACACCACCGUCAACUACGUGUACGACACGGAGAGCGGCCGCGGUCGCGCCCUGGCUGUGCCCUUCCGGAACAAGUAUCGCUACAACAGCAUGAUUGACUACAACCCAACGCAAAAGAAGCUCUUUGCGUGGGACAACUUCCACAUGGUCUCGUACGACGUGCGGCUGGGGCGCCCGGUGCCCGCAGCCUGAAGGCCCCCCGGCCCCCCUAAGAGAAGUGACUUUGGCUCACCCGCUCCCGCUUCAAAGACUCAAGAGUUUUUUGUCAAGCCUGGCUAAAAGGCCACAGAAGCCCACUACAUUUUUUUUAAAAUAUAUGUUGUAAUUCAACUUUUACCUUUUAGCUUUGAAUUGUUGCGUUUUCAGUCAUAAGUGGUACGUGUUUAAUCGUGGGAUUUUUUUAAUUUUACAUUUACGUGAUUUAAAAAGGUGAAAUUUCCAAAUUAAAAGUUGAUUAAAGUUAAAGUAAGUAAAAAAACAAAAAAUACAAAUUAAGUAAAAGACAAAACAUUUCAGUUGUUUUACAGUUUUACUUAACGUUUUCAAUUUUUCAAUUUACAUGAUUUGACCAGGUUCUACUUCCUUCAAGUGGAAAACAUAAAAAUGUAAACAUUGAAAAAAAAAUUCUUUUAUGUUGUUACAUUUUGUUUUUAAUGUUUUUACUUGACUUUUUUACCCAAGUUUUGCAUUACUUUUACAUUUUUAAAUAAGGGGGGGGAAAAAAAUCAUAUACAUUUUUAAUAUUAAAGGGGAACUUGCAGUUUUAAAAUCGCUAGCAAGAUUUGAACGUAGCCUCACUUCACCAAUGCACGGCAAAUGAUUGACACCUUGUCCGUCACGCCUUCUUUCUCUGAUAGGCGGUUCUUUCUCAGGCGUGGUGGUUUCUUAAAAAAAAUAAAUGCAAUGGAAAAAUCGUUAAGUAAAAAUGUUUGUUUUAACUUAGUCACAUUUUUAAGUAAAAACAAAAAAAAAUACUUUUAAUAAUUUAUGUUUUACAUUUUUCACCUAUUUAAAAAUACAUUUAUACUUAAAAAAUACGUUUUUAUUCAGUUUUACAUUUACCUGUUUUGACCAGGCUCUACUUCCACCACGCAUAAAACGUUUGAAAAGAAUGAAAUAUAAACAUGACACAUUAAGUAAAAAUUCUUCAUUUUAAUAGGCAAUAUUUUACUUAAUUUGACAUUGUUUACUUAGUUUUUACUGACUGUAUCAUGUUUUUACACGUGUUAAUGUUCAUGUUUUUUGUCAUAUAUAUUUUUUUACAUGGCGUUUUAGAAUAAAAUGAAAGUUUAAAAUUUGAAUAAAGUACAACCUGAUUCAAUCAUGAAAUGAAAUAGAAAAAUAAAACUUAACAAAUUUAAGAAAAAAAAACUUUGCAAAUGUCAAGUUAAAAGGGUAAAAGUUCGUAUUAAGUUGUAACGCAUUAAAAAAAAUUAUUGUAGGCGUGGCAGGCAAAGCACGCCGGUAUGCACGAAGAGGAAUUAUUUUUGUACCUGAUGUUUGUGAUUUUUUUUUUGUGUCCAUACCGCUACUUGGUACUUUUUACUAACUUUGUACACGUGUGACAUUGAGUACUACGUAAAGUACUGGCAUUCCCAGUGUCCUCCAUUCGCUUCGCCGUCAUUAUCGUACCUUUUUUCCCCAGGAAACGGCUUUCUUCCGAUUGGCUACGAUGGCCUCUCGGUUUGAGGGCUUUAUGGCGCCACCUGCUGCUUUGGCGUGGACUUGACACGCAACUUCUCGCACAAAAUGAUUGAUUGACAUGUGUGCGAGUGUACAAAUACUAAUUGUACUAAUGUACAAUGUGUGAAUAGUUGACAUUAUUAUGAUAUUGCAUGAACACUGUAGUCAGCUAAUGUACAUUGUUCAUCUUGAAAUAAAACGUUGAAAAUGA